UUUCUGUAGGACCACCAGUGUUCAAAGCUACAGCAAGUCUUUGCAAGCUGGCUAUACUUCUCUACUUCAGUCUGGAAACACCUCUGCAGUAUAGCCCACCAACCAGCCCAUGUAAAGGAUGAUAGGAGAGAAGCUGUUACUGUCCAUAAUACUAAUGUCUGUGCUGAGUUCACUGACACUACAGACAUCGUAUGGACAGCAUUUGGCAGAGGAGUCUUGCACUGUUCAGAUCCUUGUCCCUGGACUCAAAGGAGAACCAGGAGAGAAAGGACAAAAAGGAGCACCGGGGAGACCAGGAAGAGUUGGCCCUCCUGGAGAGAUUGGUCAAACUGGGGUUAAAGGUCAGAAAGGCAUAAUGGGACGUUAUGGAAAAGUGGGCCCGAGUGGAAUGAAAGGGGUAAAGGGAGACAUGGGGGAUCCAGGUCCAGCGGGCCCUAAUGGAGAUACAGGUGUUCCAUGUGAGUGCACACCAAUGAGAAAGAUGAUUGGAGAAAUGGACAUUCUUGUGGCACAGCUCUCCUCUGAACUGAAAUUCAUUAAAAAUGCUGUUGCUGGCAUAAAAGAGACAGACAGUAAAGUCUAUCUGUUGGUGAAGGAGGAGAAGCGCUACUCCGAUGCUGAGGUCUACUGUCAGACGAGGGGAGGGCACCUGGCCAUGCCCAAGGAUGAGGGAGCCAACUCGGCCAUUGCAGGGUACAUAACCGAAGCAGGCCUAAACAGAGUCUACAUCGGCAUUCAUGACCUGGACCACGAGGGUGUUUUCACCUACGUGGAUCUCACUGCCAUGACCACUUUCAGCAAAUGGAGAAAGGGAGAGCCCAACAACGCCUAUGAUGAUGAGGACUGUGCUGAGAUGGUGGCCUCUGGGGAGUGGACUGAUGUGGCGUGCCACCCUACCAUGUAUUUUGUUUGUGAAUUUGAGAAGGACAGUGUCUGA